GGGCCAUCCAAAAGAAGAAAAUUGGUUCGAAAAUUGUCUACCCUUGGCUUCAUCACUUGUUGCCGACAAAGGCAGCAAUCAACAAUGUAUUAGUAUAUGAGGUCUGUCUACAUGGCAACGUGAGCGACCUGAAAUGUGUUUGUGGUUGUAAUGCUGACAGUUAUGGAUGAUAAGAAACCUGACAGUCAGAAACACACAUUAGCAGAGUUACUGCCACCAUCAAACAACACGUCCACGCCCAAGUCGGAAAUCGUCGCCCAGAACCCAUUUGAGGAUCAGAUUCCGGUGUCGAAUACUACCAGACAGUCCCCCAGCAUGUUGAACAAGCAGGGCCCACCACACACGCAGCACGGCCCCCAGGGGCCACCUCUCUCGCAGCACGGACCACAGGGGCCGGGAAUGGCCCCUCAGGGACACGGUUCAGGCAAGAUGUAUCCUCCAAACCAGCCGAUGGUGUUCAAUCCGUCCAACCCGAAUGCUCCACCCAUCUAUCCAUGUGGUAUUUGUCACAAGGAGGUGCACGAUAACGACCAGGCCAUCCUGUGUGAGAGUGGCUGUAAUUUCUGGUUUCACCGAUACUGCACAGGCCUAACGGAGGCAGCAUUCACGAUGCUCAAACAAGAAGUGUAUGCAGAGUGGGUGUGUGACAAGUGUUUAGGAACAAAGAAUAUUCCUCUUGUCAAACUGAAGCCAUGAUACGUUUAUCUGGUUUUGUUUUGCUUUUAAAGCUACAAUGCAUGAUACGGACUUCAUCCAUUUGUCGGUGUGUGACAAGUGCUUAGGAAUGAAAAAUAUUUCUCUUGUUAAGCUCAAGCCUUGAUACAUUCAUCUGGGUUUUUUUUUUUUAAAGUCAUAAUGCAUAUUAAGGAAUUCAUCCAUUUGUGUAGUGUAUGACAAGUGCUUAGGAAUGAAGAAUAUUCCUCUUGUAAAAUUGUAUCCUUGAUAAGUUCAUGUGGUUUCGUUUUGUUAAAGCCAAAAUGCAUGUUAUGAUAUUCAUCCAUAUGUCGGUGUGUGACAAGUGUUUAGGAACAAAGAAAUUUAAUAUUUGCUUUAGUUAUAAUGCAUGUCAAAAACUUCAUCAAUUUGUUUUGUUUCACCAAGCCAGGAUUUGCUUCUUUGCCAGUGAACAAAUUAAACUUAGUGCAAAGACAAAUAUAUCAAGUAAUCAAUCUCAUACCAUUCUCAACAUUAUUUAAAUGUAGUAAUAUGGUAAAUUUAAUCACCAUUCUCAAUUUAUUGUAAUCCAGGUCUCAAAAUAGGAAGUAAAAUAUGGCCUGCUGUUAUUUUCUUUAAAUAGCAGAUAAAAAUAAAAAGUUUUGCUAUGAAACAAAUAUGACCUUGUUGAAAAUAGACGGCACAAGGCGAUGGGUGUGUGAGAAAUUAGGACCUCUGAUAUGUAUUUUAGAGCAUUAUGGAAUUAAAAUAUAACAGUAUCUUGAUCCAAUCGUACAUGCAUUUCUCUUUUGAAAAACGACCUGUAAUUUUGGGCUGGUUUUAGCAGGUGAAUUUUUAUUUUACCUGCUAGAUCCCAAAAAUGGACUGCUUUUCUCAGUCUGCUAUUUCAAUCCCAGGCUAAGAACCGGUCACUGCCAUGUCAGAUCCCAUAUGUACCGCCUGAAAGUGGCAGACACUGAUGAAUGUCCAUGUCAAACAGAACCACAGUCCCCAGAGCACAUCCUGCAAUCCUGCACCUCUACGAUUAAGCCAGGAUAAAGCACUGGCCGAAUGGAGCAACACUGGCUGUCAAGCUUUGGGGUUCCAAAGAAAACUUGACAGAGACAGCGUUUUUUAUCACCACAACCGGACUCCAAAUCUAAAGCAUGAUCAGCUACAGCUUGAACGAUGAAGAAGAUCCCUUUUAUCUUAUUUUAACAUAUAGCAUACUACACAUUUGUAGAUUUAGGUGAAAAGGUUACUUUACAUGCAUAAUAUGUAUGUAUGUCAACAAUGAUUGUGUUCAUACUCUAAUUUCUUUAGGGGAGAAAAUGUAAUGUGAACUGACAACAUGAAGUGUAAAUUUGUAAACAAUUAUUUUUUAUUAAAACCCAAAUUUAUGCAGUCUGAUUUGAAUGUUGGAUGUAUUACAGAAUAGUAAACUGUUGUUGUGCCACUUCAUAAGAGAGUUGCUCAUUGUCCAGUGCACAUGUAACACUGACCACAAUACUCUGUGAUGGCCAGGCUUUGUUCAGUGUUGUAACUUGUUUAAAUAAUAUGGACACAUUGGACCUUCAUUAAAUAAUUGUUGAUUCAUUCAUUCAUCAAUUCAUUCAUUCAUUCAUUCAUUCAUUUAAUCCUUAUAACGUUUUAGCUCACAGAUUUCAUCAGCUUUUUACACAAACAGCUGUUGUAUAUUAUAGAUUGUUUACAAAAUGUACAUGGUUUCAGAAGGUGCUCAAUACUUCAAAGGUACUUUGAAAUAAGAACCAUCUACUCAGAUACGUAAUGAACAUCCUGAAUACAACUUGACUGUUGAUUCAAUUAUGUUUUAUUAGUCGCCAGUUGGUUCAACCAGAGGGGACUAUAGGUUUCAUCUCCAUCCUUUUGUCUGUCCGUCCAUCUGUCCCACAUGAGGUUUCCAGAUGUUUUUUCCGCAUGCCUCAAGAUAUUAAUCUACAAUUUUGUGUAAAUUUUUAUUAAGCACUGUUACAAAUCAAGUUUGACUUUCAUGGCAAUUUACCCAUUUUUGACAUAGUUAUACCCCUUGAACUUAGCAGAUACAAAAAAUUGUUGGGCCUGAUAGGGUACAUCUAUUGCUUUAACAAUACUCUCAGAAUUCUUGUUUCAAUUAGCCUCAUUAACCAUCGGGACAAUGUAUGACAGAAUAUGCACCACAUAUCAUCACUGUUGGCACAGUUGCUGUUUGGAUAGCUGAUUUAUUAGAAUAUACUAGCUUCAAAUAUGUUUGUAUACAUGUGCAAUAAGCUCCAUCUUAUAAAGAUUGUUUGGGGAAUGGGCAACUAGUUUUACAGCUACUGUUUGGACAGUUGAUUCAUGAGAGCAUGCUGUCAUUACAUCCGUUUGUAUACAUGUGCAAUAAGCUCCAUCUUAUAAAGAUUGUUUGGGGAAUGGGCAACUAGUUUUACAGCUACUGUUUGGACAGUUGAUUCAUGCGAGCAUGCUAUCAUUACAUCCGUUUGUAUACAUGUGCAAUAAGCUCCAUCUUAUAAAGAUUUGACUAUAAAACCAGUCACUGUUUGGGGAAUGGGCAACUAGUUUUACAGCUACUGUUUGGACAGUUGAUUCACGAGAGCAUGCUAUCAUUACAUCCGUUUGUAUACAUGUGCAAUAAGCUCCAUCUUAUAAAAAUUUGACUAUAAAACCAGUCAUUGUUUGGGGAAUGGGCAACUAGUUUUACAGCUACUGUUUGGACAGUUGAUUCAUGAGAGCAUGCUGUCAUCACAUCUGUUUGUAUAUAUGUGCAAUAAGCUCCAUCUUGUAAAGAUUUGAGUUUAUAAAACCAGUCCCUGUUUGGACAGUUGGUUCAUGAGAGCAUGCUGUCAUCACAUCUGUUUGUAUAUCCGAUGAGCGACAGGCCUCAGUGGCAUGGUGGCUAAGCCAUCACCCUUUAGACUGGUACGUACUACUACUGGGUUUGCACUCCAGUACUGGAUUCCAGAGAAAGUAAGCAGGGCUCGAACUUAACAACGGCACCAACGGCAAUUGCUGUCACUGAGAUAUAAAUUGCCAUAGGUCAGAAAGCAUUACUGAUGGCACUUUUGUGCUGUUGGUUAAACUCCUCAACAAUGGAAAAUAUAUACACCUGGUGUACAUAAUUUGCCAAUAUUUAACAUUUUCACGUUUGAAAUGUCUACAUACAGCAAAAUAACCUUUUAGUCAGAUUUAUUUUCUGCAAAUGUCACUUUAAAAAACAAAUUGCCACAGGCAGGCUCAAAAUUGCCUUUGGUGGGCUGUUUUAGCCAGAGCAAUUCUUUUAAAAAUUGCCGUGGGAGACCCAAUUCUUACAUUCAAGCCCCGAGUAAGUGUUGAUAAUUCAAUAGAUGUAUGGCCACUAAAUUGACUUCUCUCUCACUAACCACUAACUCAAUGUCCUGUUUGUAUCCACGAGAACGCUUUAACCUUCAUCGAGUAUAAGCAUGAGAAUAACUUAAAAUGUCCAAUGAGCUGUGUGUAAAGAUUUGGGUUUGUGAAACCGUCUUGAGUACCAGUCAGACAGGCAGCCACUGCACCAUGGUUGGUAUAUCAAAGGCUGUGGUAUGUGCUAUCCCGACUGGGGUGGUGCACAUAAAAGAUCCCUUGCUAUUAAUGGAAAAAUGAAGCAAGUUUCCUUUCUAAGACUCAGAAUUAUCAUCCAAUAGCCAAUGGUUAAUAAAUUAAUGUGCUGGCAAAAUAGGAAGGAGGAAUUUUCUUGUGGGAUGGAGUCAUUUUAAAGGCAAAUGUAUAUGACUAAUUCUAGGGAGCAGUCGCAACCUUCUUCAAAAUGCCUUUAGCCUGCCUUGUGCAAAUAUACGAUUUGGAAAGUGUUAAUGGCUUUGCCAUUCGAGUUAGCAGGUCAGGGCAUCCUCUCUGGGAAAGAGAAUACAAAUAUCUUAUUGGACCUACAAUGGAUUGGUCCCUAGAAGUGAUAACAACCAUAUUUCUUUACUAAAUUGUUGAUCAUGGUAUUGUUAAUGGACUUGGAUAUCAUAUGGUGUCAGAAGCUCCAUAUCUGUCUUUGAAACACGUUCAGGAUAUAUUUAUACAAGAUUAUUAAGGGCUGAAUUUAUAAAACCUGUUUGUUGUCGUACAAUGUAGUAACUACAUGUACAUAUACAAUGCUUAAACACCUAUGUUUAACAAAAACAGGCUUCAAUCAUUCAGUCCUGUAUUUUUUUCUUAAAUUAUAUGACUGCCACAGAAUAUUUUUGAACAAUUUGUAUACAUAUUGUACCAAAUGUUUUGACUUCCCCAAUUAUUUUUAAUUACUACAUAUAUUUUAUUGUACUUCAUUUAGAAAACUUGCAGCAUGGACAUUAUCUGCUACUAAAGUUGUGUAGAGGUUUUGCUUUUAUGGGCCAUUUACCAAUAUUUUACAUGCAUUUUAGCCAAGUAUAGUUUUUACUUUUAUUAUAGUAUAAUUGAACAUGUCGUAUAUAGUUUUAUUAGUCUGGCAUGAAUUUUGUUGAUGUUAUUAAACGUUUUAAUAAUA